AGAGAUGGAGGGAAGAGGGUGGAGGGAGGGAAGUCAGGGGGUCAGAAAAGGGACAGAAAAGCAGAGAGCAAGAAAACGGAUAAGAAGGUGGAAAGUACGAAAAGUACGAAAAAAUCGGAAGGUAAAAAAACUGAACGUAAGAAACCAGAAGAGAAGAAAGUAGAAAAUAAAUCAGAAUUGACCAGAGUGGGGGCUAAGAAAUCAGAAUUGACCAGAGUGGGGGCUAAGAAAUCAGAAUUGACCAGAGUGGGGGCUAAGAAAUCAGAUUUAACCAGAGUGGGGGCUACGAAAUCAGAUUUAACCAGAGUGGGGGCUAAGAAAUCAGAUUUAACCAGAGUGGGGGAUAAGAAAUCAGAUUUAACCAGAGUGGGGGCUAAGAAAUCAGAUUUAACCAGAGUGGGGGCUAAGAAAUCAGAUUUAACCAGAGUGGGGGAUAAGAAAUCAGAAUUAACCAGAGUGGGGGAUAAGAAAUCAGAAUUAACCAGAGUGGGGGAUAAGAAAUCAGAAUUAACCAGAGUGGGGCCUAAGAAAUCAGAAUUAACCAGAGUGGGGCCUAAGAAAUCAGAAUUAACCAGAGUGGGGGCUAAGAAAUCAGAUUUAACCAGAGUGGGGGCUAAGAAAUCAGAAUUAACCAGAGUGGGGGCUAAGAAAUCAGAAUUAACCAGAGUGGGGGCUAAGAAAUCAGAUUUAACCAGAGUGGGGGAUAAGAAAUCAGAAUUAACCAGAGUGGGGGCUAAGAAAUCAGAUUUAACCAGAGUGGGGCCUAAGAAAUCAGAUUUAACCAGAGUGGGGGCUAAGAAAUCAGAAGCCAAGAAAGUGGAGCCUGAUAGUCCACCUCCAGUAGAGACACCACAGGAGGAGACUGAUAGUUCACCUCCAGUAGAGACACGACAGGAGGAGACUGAUAGUUCACCUCCAGUAGAGACACCACAGGAGGAGACUGAUAGUUCACCUGCAGUAGAGACACGACAGGAGGAGACUGAUAGUUCACCUCCAGUAGAGACACCACAGGAGGAGACUGAUAGUUCACCUCCAGUAGAGACACGACAGGAGGAGACUGAUAGUUCACCUCCAGUAGAGACACGACAGGAGGAGGAGACUAAAUCACCUCAGUGAGUACAUGAACGAAUAACCUGUCUGUCUUUCUGUCUGCCUGUGUCUCCUGUACCUGUCUCUCUCCUGUACCUGUCUGUCUCUCUCCUGUACGUGUCUGUCUGUCUCUCCUGUGUCUGUCUCUCUCCUGUACGUGUCUGUCUGUCUCUCCUGUGUCUGUCUGUCUCUCCUGUGUCUGUCUCUCUCCUUUACCUGCCUCUCUCUCUCCUGUACCUGUCUCUCUCUCCUUUACCUGCCUGUCUCUCUCCUGUACCUGUCUCUCUCCUGUACCUGCCUGUCUCUCUCUCCUGUACCUGUCUCUCUCUCCUUUACCUGCCUCUCUCUCUCCUGUACCUCUCUCUCUCCUGUACCUGCCUGUCUCUCUCUCCUGUACCUGUCUCUCUCUCCUGUACCUGUCUCUCUCUCCUGUACCUGUCUCUCUCUCCUUUACCUGCCUCUCUCUCUCCUGUACCUGUCUCUCUCCUGUACCUGCCUGUCUCUCUCUCCUGUACCUGUCUCUCUCUCCUGUACCUGUCUCUCUCUCCUUUACCUGCCUCUCUCUCUCUCUCCUGUACCUGUCUCUCUCCUGUACCUGCCUGUCUCUCUCCUGUACCUGUCUGUCUCUCUCCUGUACCUGUCUCUCUCUCCUGUACCUGUCUCUCUCUCCUGUACCUGUCUCUCUCUCCUUUACCUGCCUCUCUCUCUCCUUUACCUGCCUCUCUCCUGUACCUGUCUCUCUCCUGUACCUGCCUGUCUCUCUCUCUCUCCUGUACCUGCCUGUCUCUCUCUCUCCUGUACCUGCCUCUCUCUCUCCUGUACCUGCCUGUCUCUCUCCUGUACCUGUCUGUCUCUCUCCUGUACCUGUCUGUCUCGCUCCUGUACCUGUCUCUCUCUCUCCUGUACCUGCCUCUCCUCUCUCCUGUACCUGUCUGUCUCUCUCCUGUACCUGUCUGUCUCUCUCCUGUACCUGUCUCUCUCUCCUGUACCUGUCUCUCUCUCCUGUACCUGUCUCUCUCUCUCCUGUACGUGUCUGUCUCUCUCUCCUGUACCUGCCUGUCUGUCUCUCUCCUGUACCUGUCUCUCCUGUGUCUGUCUCUCUCCUGUACCUGUCUCUCUCUCCUGUACCUGCCUCUCUCCUCUGUACCUGUCUCUCUCUCCUGUACCUGCCUCCUGUUUUCUCCUGUUGCCCUGUCUCUCUCUCCUGUACCUGUCUCUCUCUCCUGUACUGUCGUCUCUCUCCUGUCUGCCUCCUGUACCUGCUCUCUCUCCUGUACCUGUCUCUCUCUCCUUGUACCUGCCUCUCUCUCCCGUGCUGUCUGUCUCUCUCCUGUAACCAUGCCUGCUGUCUCUCUCCUGUAGCCUUGUCUGUCUCUCUCCUGGUACUGUCUCGCUUCCUGUGUCUGUCUCUCUCCUUACCUGUCUCUCUCUCCUUUACCUGUCUCUCUCUCCGUCACCUGCCGCCUGCCUGUCUCUCUCCUGUGCCGGUCUGUCCUCUCCUGUUACCUGUCUCCCUCUCCUGUACGUGUCCUGUCCUUCUCCUGUACUGUCCCUCUCUCUCCUGUACCUGUCUCUCUCUCUCCUGUACCCUGUCUCUCUCUCCUGUAACCUGCCUCUCUCCCUGUGUCCUUCUGUCUCUCUCCUGUUGCCUGUCUGUCUCUCUCCUGUACCUGCUGUCUCUCUCCUGUACCUGCUGCCUUCAUGCCUGUCACAUACUGCCUGUCUCUUCUCCUGUACCUGCACUGUCUAUCCUACCUGGUACCUGGUCUCUCUCUCCGUACCUGUCUUUCUGUUUGUCAGUGAUCAUAACGAACCAUGUAUGUGGUUGUCUCUCGUCUCUAUCGAGGUGUCAUGGCGACGAAGAGGAGGUUCUAGAGGCUAGUGACUUGGACCAGAAGAGGACGGGUGUCCCUAAACUACAGACGCUAUAGCCUCACUCUAAGACGACAACCCAAGUACACAGGAUACAGGAAUUAUCAACGGCCAUCUCUCUGAAGCGGAAAAACCAACCACUGUUUGAGCAACAGGAACUGGUUACCCCCCAUCCAUAAGGCAUAGUCAGCCUCGGACCAACUCACUAUGGCUUGUAACGAGCUCUUCUCUCUUAGCUCUCUCUCGUCUAUCUCUCUGUCUCUCUAGUAGUCUCUCUGUCUCUCUUUGUAUUUAUGCGCUCUCUUCUCUCUCUCUGUCUCUCGCUUCUCUCUCUUUGGUCUCUAUCUUCUGUCUCGAUCUCUCUCUCUCUGGUAUUCUCUCUCUGUCUCUCUGUCCUUCUCUCUCUCUCUCUCUCUGCUCUCUUAUCGGUCUCUCUCUCUCUGUCUCUCUCUCUUCUCCUCUCUGUCUCUGUGUCUCUGUCUCCUCUCUCUCUGUCUCUCUCUCUCUGUCUCUGUCUCUCUCUCUGUCUCUCUCUCUCUCAGGACAUUUGUAAGUGUCUGAUUGCCCUUGAUCAACUCAGUAUGGUGUAUGUAACAUCACAGCAUGUCCAGAGACACAGUGAACUCAUCACUACGCUCAGAAAGGUAAGACUGCUGUCACAUACAUACAAUAACCACACACACCUGACAUACAGUGCAUUCGGAAAGUAUUCAGACCCCUUCACUUUUUCCACAUUGUUACGAUACAGCCUUAUUCUAAAAUGGAUUACAUCGUUUUUUUCCCCUCAUCAAUCUACAAACAAUACCCCAUAGUGACAAAGAGAAAACAUAUAUUUUUAGAAAUGUUUGCACAUUUAUUAAAAAUUAAAAACUAAAAUAUCACAUAUACAUAAGUAUUCAGACCCUUUACUCAGAACUUUAUUGAAGCACCUUUGGCAGUGAUUACAGCAUCGAGUCUUCUUGGGUAUGACGCUACAAGCUUGGCACACCUGUAUUUGGGGAGUUUCUCCCAUUCUUCUCUGCAGAUCCUCUCAAGCUCUGUCAGGUUGGAUGGGGAGCGUCGCUGCACAGCUAUUUUCAGGUCUCUCCAGAGAUGUUCGAUCGGGUUCAAGUCUGGGCUCUGAAUGGGCCACUCAAGGACAUUCAGAGACUUGUCCUGAAGCCACUCCUGCGUUGUCUUGACUGUGUGCUUAGGGUCGUUGUCCUGUUGGAAGGUGAACCUUCACCCCAGUCUGAGGUCCUGAGUGCUCUGGAGCAGAUUCUGACUAGUCUCCCAGUCCCUGCUGUUGAAAAACAUCCCCACAGCAUGAUGCUGCCACCACCAUGCUUCACCGUAGGGAUGGUGCCAGGUUUCCUCCAGACGUGACGCUUGGCAUUCAGGCCAAAGAGUUCAAUCUUGGUCUGAGAAUCUUUAGGUGCCUUUGGCAAACUCCAAGCGGGCUGUCAUGUGCCUUUUACUGAGGAGUGGCUUCCGUCUGGCCACUCUACCAUAAAGGCCUGAUUGGUGGAGUGCUGCAGAGAUGGUUGUCCUUCUGGAAGGUUCUCCCAUCUCCACAGAGGAACUCCGGAGCUCUGUCAGAGUGACCAUCGGGUUCUUGGUCACCUCCCUGACCAAGGCCCUUCUCCUCCGAUUGCUCAGUUUGGCCGGGCGGCCAGCUCUAGGAAGAGUCUUGGUGGUUCCAAACUUCUUCCAUUUAAGAAUGAUGGAGGCCACUGUGUUCUUGGGGACCUUCAAUGAUGCAGAAAUGUUUUGGUACCCUUCCCCAGAUCUGUGCCUCGACACAAUCCUGUCUCAGAGCUCUAGGGACAAUUCCUUCGACCUCAUGGCUUGGUUUUUUGCUCUGACAUGCACUGUCAACUGUGGGACCUUAUAUAGACAGGUGUGUGCCUUUCCAAAUCAUGUCCAAUCAAUUGAAUUUACCACAGGUGGACUCCAAUCAAGUUGUAGAAACAUCUCAAGGAUGAUCAAUGGAAACAGGAUGUACCUGAGCUCAAUUCCGAGUCUCCAUUUUAGAAUAAGGCUGUAACGUAACAAAAUGUGGAAAAAGUCAAGGGGUCUGAAUACUUUCCCAAUGCACUGUACAUCCAAUAACCACCUGACAUACAGGUUGGUGUUGUUCUUAGUCUUAUUUCCUGUAGUGAUGAUAGCAGCUUCUAAUCCUUUUAUCCCUCACUGUAGUAGCUUCUAUGUACAUAACAUUUGGAUGAAAUGUGAUGAUAGUAGCUUCUAUGUACAUAACAUUUGUAUGAAAUGUGAUGAUAGCAGCUUCUAUGUAAUAAAUAUAAUAUAAAUAAAUAAUAUGCCAUUUAGCAGACGCUUUUAUCCAAAGCGACUUACAGUCGUGCGUGCAUACAUUUUUGUGUAUGGGUGGUCCCGGGGAUCGAACCCACUACCUUGGCGUUACAAGCGCCGUGCUCUACCAGCUGAGCUACAGAGGACCAUGUACAUAACGUUUGUAUGAAAUGUGAUAAUACAGUGAGGGAAAAAAGUGUUUGAUCCCCUGCUGAUUUUGUACGUUUGCCCACUGACAAAGAAAUGAUCAGUCUAUAAUUUUAAUGGUAGGUUUAUUUGAACAGUGAGAGACAGAAUAACAACAACAAAAUCCAGAAAAACGCAUGUCAAAAAUGUUAUAAAUUGAUUUGCAUUUUAAUGAGGGAAAUAAGUAUUUGACCCCCUCUCAAUCAGAAAGAUUUCUGGCUACCAGGUGUCUUUUAUACAGGUAAUGAGCUGAGAUUAGGAGCACACUCUUAAAGGGAGUGCUCCUAAUCUCAGUUUGUUACCUGUAUAAAAGACACCUGUCCACAGAAGCAAUCAAUCAAUCAGAUUCCAAACUCUCCACCAUGGCCAAGACCAAAGAGCUCUCCAAGGAUGUCAGGGACAAGAUUGUAGACCUACACAAGGCUGGAAUGGGCUACAAGACCAUCGCCAAGCAGCUUGGUGAGAAGGUGACAACAGUUGGUGCGAUUAUUCGCAAAUGGAAGAAACACAAAAGAACUGUCAAUCUCCCUCGGCCUGGGGCUCCAUGCAAGAUCUCACCUCGUGGAGUUGCAAUGAUCAUGAGAACGGUGAGGAAUCAGUCCAGAACUACACGGGAGGAUCUUGUCAAUGAUCUCAAGGCAGUUGGGACCAUAGUCACCAAGAAAACAAAUGGUAACACACUACGCCAUGAAGGACUGAAAUCCUGCAGUGCCCGCAAGGUCCCCAUGCUCAAGAAAGCACAUAUACAGGGCCGUCUGAAGUUUGCCAAUGAACAUCUGAAUGAUUCAGAGGAGAACUGGGUGAAAGUGUUGUGGUCAGAUGAGACCAAAAUCGAGCUCUUUGGCAUCAACUCAACUCGCCGUGUUUGGAGGAGGAGGAAUGCUGCCUAUGACCCCCAAGAACACCAUCCCCACCGUCAAACAUGGAGGUGGAAACAUUAUGCUUUGGGGGUGUUUUUCUGCUAAGGGGACAGGCCAACUUCACUGCAUCAAAGGGACGAUGGACGGGGCCAUGUACCGUCAAAUCUUGGGUGAGAACCUCCUUCCUUCAGCCAGGGCAUUGAAAAUGGGUCGUGGAUGGGUAUUCCAGCAUGACAAUGACCCAAAACACACGGCCAAGGCAACAAAGGAGUGGCUCAAGAAGAAGCACAUGAAGGUCCUGGAGUGGCCUAGCCAGUCUCCAGACCUUAAUCCCAUAGAAAAUCUGUGGAGGGAGCUGAAGGUUCGAGUUGCCAAACGUCAGCCUCGAAACCUUAAUGUCUUGGAGAAGAUCUGCAAAGAGGAGUGGAACAAAAUCCCUCCUGAGAUGUGUGCAAACCUGGUGGCCAACUACAAGAAACGUCUGACCUCUGUGAUUGCCAACAAGGGUUUUGCCACCAAGUACUAAGUCAUGUUUUGCAGAGGGGUCAAAUACUUAUUUCCCUCAUUAAAAUGCAAAUCAAUUUAUAACAUUUUUGACAUGCCUUUUUCUGGAUUUUUGUUGUUGUUAUUCUGUCUCUCACUGUUCAAAUAAACCUACCAUUAAAAUUAUAGACUGAUCAUGUCUUUGUCAGUGGGCAAACGUACAAAAUCAGCAGGGGAUCAAAUACUUUUUUCCCUCACUGUACAUCCAAAACCACACACACUAUUCACUCCUUUACCACGUACACACACCUAACCACAACUAUGUGUUUCCCAGAUGCGCCGUUUCCGCAGUAACCAGGACGUGAUGGACAAGGCGUCGAUGCUCUACAACCGCUUCAAGAACGCCUUCCUAUUGGUUAACGACAAGGAUGAAGUCAUCAGCCCAGAGUUCCUCCGCUCGCUCCUGGAGGAGAAAGAGAGGGAGGAGGAAGAGAGGGUGGAGAGAUGGAGGGAGAAACAGAGGAGGAGAGGAGAGGUGCUGCAGGAGGUCCGCAGGAGGAUGAGUCAACUGGAGGAGAGGAGGGGAGGAGAGAAGGGGGAGACUCAAAAGGAGGUUGUGACAGAGAAGGAGGAAGAGGAGGUGCCAGAG